AUGUCACGAGCGGCUGUUGCUUCCAUCUUUCUACUCGUGCUCGCCCUUCAAGCCACUAUUUGCCUGUCCGAGUACCAAUAUGUUCUGAAAAAUGACUGUCCCGGCCAGUUCAAGUUCCUGGAGCAGACCCUCGUCAAGUCGAACUGCGAUGUGGUCUUUCCGGCGGAAGGCCUCACCUACACCAUUCCCACCGACGGCACCGGCGACCGCUCCGCCGCCCUCACCACGUCGGGCGAAUGUCGCGCGGUUUCGUUGUUCGAGGGUGGUCUCUCCGGCGACACGCUCUUCUUGGACAUCAGCAACAUCGACGGCUUCACCGCCGGCCUCGAUGUAACCGCGCACUACUCCAACGGCUCGUUCACGUGGACGCGCAACAUCCACUGCUGCUCGGACUGCGUCAACACCACCGAGUCGCCCAACUGCCAUGGCCAGGGCAACUACUGGUACCCGACCGAGGUGGCCGGCUACGGCACGGUGGGCUGGCCCUCGGCCCAGCUCCAGCAGCUCGUCGUCACCUUCUCCUGCCUCUCCGACGCCGACCUGCACGCCUGCGACGGCGUCGUGUGCCUCAACGACGGCGUGUGCAUGGGAGGCAUGCGGGGCCAGUGCCUGUGCCAGCCGGGCUGGGGCACGGCCAACUGCAGCGUCAAGCUCGACCACACGCCCUGCUUCGGCGUGGACUGCGGCUUCUACGGCGAGUGCGACACGGCGUCGGCCGAGGCCGGCGGCCGCAAGUGCAAAUGUAUGGCGGGCUACACGGGCGAGCUGUGCACAGUGCCGCCGGCCGACUCGCCGUGCAGAGGGGUCGAGUGCGGCCCGCACGGAAUCUGUAAGGGCGGCGUGUGCGAGUGCAGCGCCGGGUUCAAGGGCUGCGCGUGCGACGUGGCGCCCAACUGCAGCUUCGUGGCCGACGCCGACUACGCGGGCUUCGAUCUGCCGGCGAGCUCCGGCGGCGGCGGCGUGGCGUCGAGCUCGGCGCAGGAGUGCUGCGCAAAGUGCCGGCAGGCCAAGGGGUGUCAGGGGUUCACCCAGUCGGGCGGCCGGUGCUAUCUCAAGUCGUCGACGGACCAGGGCACCAGCUCUGCGCCGGGCCAGACCGCCGGCUCCCUCCCCAACACCGUGACCCUCGCGCCCGAGAGCUGCCUGGGCACGUACGGAGGCGCGGCCGGCUUGGUGUCGCCGCUGGGCCAGCUCCUCGCGCAGCUGGGCCUCUAA